AUGGAAACCGCUGAAGACCUGGCUGGAGAAAAGUGCGAGUUCAAAGUCUAUCGUCACAGUCAAAAGAAAGAUGGAAAUAUAUCUGUUGAGACCGUUUCAAACCCCUUUGCUCGACUUGGACUCGGCGACAAGGACAGUCCUUAUGCUUUGAUUGUCAAUCGCUUCCUCGGCGAGAAGAAUCAACUCAAGGAAACUACUCUACAAAUAAAUUCCAGGCGACUCAUGAAUGUCUUUCGAGAAGUGAUCGGCUUUUACCCCACUGUCCCGGCAGAUUUCACAUCUCCCUUUGAGCUGAAGGGACCAUUUCAGAUCCUUCUACAUUAUUGGGAAGAACUAGACGAACGCCGACAAACAACAAAAGAUGCUGACGAGCGUAUGCAUCUCAAUUUGCUGCUUGAUUUCAUGAAGCAUGAGAUUGGACCCGAGCGAGAGCGCCUUCUGAGUAUGCUACGGAACAAACAAAUCACAUACAAGAACGCAUGGUGUAUCUUUCGUCCUGGAGACCUGAUAUACACCGAGUUCAUGGGCCAUCCUUGGUUGUUGCGGUGUCAAAAGACUGCCUAUGAAGAAAGCACCACAGAUGGUCAGUAUAUGGAAGUCCACUGUCUCUUCACAGACCACGAUGGGACUAUCACUGGCGAAAAUUCUCAUGUUUUUCGGAUAUUUCAGAAAAGAAGCUUUGCCGCCGAAAAUCCGGCCAUCAUUACCAAGCUCCCGUGUUUUCCUCGAAAAUUUGUCGAGGACCAAUGGGAUCUGGAAAAUCGACUCAUAGCUCGCGGCGAAAGGUUUCUCACACUGCAGGGCAUAUCUGUUAUGUCCUACGACGGACAUGCCCAGUACCUCAAGGAACCGGACUACAGUUACUUUCAUCCCAGAAUGGCCGACUUUGACGGUGUUUGGCUUCCUUAUACUGAGCUUGGAAGGGUAAUUUUGGACCGCAAGACCUUCCAGGAGGACCAGUAUUCAAAUGCAGGCAGAGUUCAGGCCAAGACGCCCGAUCCGCUAUGCUGUCCGCCAUAUGAGUAUGGAUUCUCUCUGAGUCGCAAAGAAUGGUGUCGGUUUUUUAUCGACUCGAUUAGAGACGUUAAAUGGAAAGAGAAUGCUUGGGAUUCAUUGAUUAUUGGUGAUCAUGAAAAGCUUGUUCUUCAGUCGUUAGUCACGUCUCACUCGUACCCGGAAGACGCACGGGAUCAAAGCUUGCAGAAAGGAAAGGGUCUGGUUGUUUUAUUACAUGGCUCACCUGGGUCUGGUAAAACAUUGACAGCUGAGACCGCCGCUGAGGGAUCAAAAAGGGCGAUUAUGAUGACCUCUCUGGGAGAGCUUAAUAAAUCGGAAAGUCCUGCGGCUUUUGAAUAUCGCCUCAAACUUCUUUUGCAAUAUGCAACAACCUGGAAGGCAGUCGUCCUAAUGGAUGAAGCGGAUGUGUUCCUCGAGGCUCGAGAGGACCACGGCGACACUUCCUAUCGAAAUGCUCUCGUGGCUGUUUUCUUGAAGGAAUUAGAGUACUUCAGUGGAAUUGUUUUCCUCACCACUAAUCGUAUCAAGUCCUUUGAUAAAGCCAUGAAGUCUCGCAUUCACCUCGCACUCGAAUAUACCCCGCCAGGCCUUGAGACUAGAGAAAGACUCUGGUUGCAAAUGUUGAAGUCUAUACCAAGCGAAGAAAAUUGUAUUGAUUUUGAUGAGGCCAUGAAGGCCUUCGUGCUGGUGAAAAUGAAUGGUAGGGAGAUUGCGAAUGCUGUCCAUACGGCCCGGACAAUCGCACGCUUCCAAAAGAAGCCGGUUGGGAUUGAGCAUAUCGAGAUGGUCCUGGGUGUUUGGAAAAGAUUUGAUGAAAGUUUGCAGAAAAUCAGGCAGGGAGCUCCUCAUCCUAUGGACAAUGGCUCGCACUUGAUGAUGCGAAGAACGAAUUCAAUUAUAGAAGAUGAAAAAGGCGGCUUUAAUUCAUGA